AACGGAACUCUUACAGCUUCAACUUCACGCUUCGGCCAUGAAGCAUCAUCACCAUCCCCUCGGCGCCCCGCAUGUCGACCAGCAAUGCGCCGCAGCCAGUCAAACUAUCGCUGCCCCUGGAAUACCAGCAGCAGCUGUUCCAGGAGCUCCGAGCUGAAGAUGAACUCGUGAUUCUCGCCCGUGGCCUGGGCCAGAUGCGCAUUGUCACGAAUUUGCUGCACUCCUACGAUGCUGCGGGAAGCAAUCUCAUUGUCGUUGUCGGCGCCAACGAGCGCGAGAACAAUUGGAUUGGCGAAGCCCUGGCCGAGCAUGCCGCCAUCAGUGCGUCUCCCAAGGCACGCGGCUUAACCGUGGUCAACACCGAUCUUCAGACCGUCGGUGCCAGGGAGAAGAUGUAUGCGAAUGGAGGCAUCUUCAGCAUCACAUCUCGCAUUCUCGUGGUCGAUCUGCUGACGGGACUGCUGAACCCCGAGCUCAUCACCGGCAUCAUUGCUCUCCACGCGGAUCGAAUCAUCGCCACGUCUCUAGAGGCCUUCAUUCUGCGAGUGUAUAGGCAAAAGAACAAAGUGGGCUUUCUCAAGGCCUUCUCAGACAAUCCGGAUCCCUUCACGACGGGGUUCUCGCCAUUGGCCACCAUGAUGAGGAAUCUCUUCCUCAAAAAGGCGUCCCUUUGGCCCAGGUUCCACGUCACCGUUGCCCAGUCUCUUGAAGGCAAGAAGAAGGCGGAAGUCAUUGAGCUUGAAGUGCCCAUGACGGACGCGAUGAGGGACAUUCAGAAUGCCAUCAUGGAAUGCGUCGAGGUCAGCAUUCACGAGCUGAAGAAGGGCAACUCGGGCUUGGAGAUGGACGACUGGAACCUGGACAGCGCCUUGCUCAAGAACUUUGACGUAAUGGUUCGCCGGCAGCUGGAUCCAAACUGGCAUCGCGUCAGCUGGAAGACACGCCAGAUUGUCAACGACUUGACUAUUCUGCGCGGACUUCUCAGCAACAUACUCACUUAUGAUGCCGUGUCCUUUCUCCAGCACCUCGACACCAUACACGCCGCGCAUUCUCCUCCUCCCGGGUCCACCCGGCAGUCUCAAUCCCCUUGGCUGUUUCUGGAUGCUGCCCAGACCAUCUUUGACACCGCACGCAGGCGUGUUUACUCUGCCAGUCCCAAAAGUGUAUCACAGAGUGGCGAGAACAUUGAUUCUUUGCGCCCCGUCCUUGAGGAGCUACCGAAAUGGGGCAUACUCGCAGAGGUUUUGGAGGAAAUCGAUCGAGACCUUUUCUAUGAGCCACAGGUCCGAGAUGACUCUAACGGGGGCAUACUCAUCAUGUGCUCAAACACGGAUACGUGUCGGCAGCUGCGCGACUUCCUUCAGACUAUGCAUAUCAAGCCAAAGAAUGUAGACAGGGGCGGGUUUUCCGCCGCAGAUGACCCAGAGCUUGAGCCCGAGCGUGCCGAGGAAGCCCACAAACCGUCCGCCAACUUCAUGCUGAGGCGGAAGCUUCGAAACUAUCUGAGAUGGAAGAAACAGUUUGCGCAGGUCAGCGCCACCCUGUUUGCCGAGAACCAGAAAGCCCUCAACGGGGCAACAGACACGCGGUCAGGGCACGGCGGCAGCCUUAGGGGCGGCAAGGCACCAGCAAACAAACGACGGAGAAUGCGCGGCGGAGGCAAUAUCGGAGGCUCUAUGAUCAUGUCCGGGCGUACCGACAAUGGGAGUAUUGCGCAGUAUUUCGAGAAGCCUGGGGAGGUGGCCGAUCUGAUGGCGGAGGUCCAGAUCACGGAAGAGGAAGCGCUGCAGCAGAAAGACGACAUUGCCGCCGACCCGCUCGAGAACAUGGAGGAUUACUAUCAGCUGUACGAGAUGCAGGACUUGGUGAUUGUUCACGCCUACGACGGAGACCAGGAUGAGCACGUGCUGGAGGAGGUCAAGCCGCGCUACAUCAUCAUGUACGAGCCCGACGCCUCCUUCAUCCGCCGCGUGGAGGUGUACCGCUCCUCACACAACGACCGCAACGUCAAGGUAUACUUUCUGUACUACGGGGGCUCGGUGGAGGAGCAGCGGUACCUCUCCUCUGUCAGGAGGGAAAAGGACGCCUUCACCAAGCUCAUCAAGGAGCGGGCGAGCAUGUCGCUGGUCAUGACGGUCGACCCGCACGGCAUCGAAGACCCGCAGGAGGCCUUCUUGCGCACCGUCAACACCCGCAUCGCCGGAGGCGGCAAGCUAGCGGCCACGGCAGAGCCUCCGCGGGUCGUUGUCGACGUGCGAGAGUUCCGGUCCUCGCUGCCGUCUCUGCUGCACGGACGCUCCAUGGUGGUGGUGCCGUGCAUGCUCACGGUGGGCGACUACAUCCUGUCGCCCAACAUUUGCGUGGAGCGAAAGUCCAUCAGCGAUCUCAUCUCGUCCUUCAAGGACGGCAGGCUGUACAGCCAGGCCGAGACCAUGUUCCAGCACUACAAGAACCCCAUGCUGCUCAUCGAGUUCGACCAGAACAAGUCCUUCACGCUGGAGCCGUUUGCGGACCUCUCCGGCAGCCUCAACAGCGUCGCGCCCACCAACGUCUCGUCGGAUCUCCAGUCCAAGCUCGUGCUGCUGACGCUCGCGUUCCCCAAGCUCCGCAUCAUCUGGUCCUCGUCGCCGUACGAGACGGCCGAGAUAUUUGCCUCGCUCAAAACGCUGGAGCACGAGCCCGAUCCGAUCGCGGCGGUGCAGGCGGGCCUGGACAAGGAUUCCAAGGUGGAGGACCAGGUCUUUAACCAGGAGCCCCAGGAGAUGCUGUCCAAGGUGCCGGGCGUGACGCCGCAAAACAUCAAGAGCCUGGUGCUGGACACGGAGAACAUACGGGAGAUGGCCAACAUGACGGAGAAGGAGCUGGAGCCGAUUGUGGGCAAGACGUCGGCCAGGCAAAUCUACGGCUUCUUUAACAGAAAUGUGAUGGAAGAGGAGGACUAG